AUGGAGCAGUUAGAAGAGGAAGAGCCUGGUCACUUUGACUACAAGCACUUACAAGAGUUGAAUCAUGCGCUUGAGGUGGAACGAAACCUAGUUCUCAAAGCGCAUGACAACUACCGCAGUCUCAAGCAAAAAUUCAUUGAACUGAGAGAGGAACAUGAAUCGUUGCAGAAUGAAAUGGAUGCAAAAGUCAUCGCUCAUAAUCAACGCUUGGAAAGCAUGACGGAGGAAAAUGAAAAGCUCAAUGUCGAGAACGAUAUUCUUCGCGAAGAAGUUCAAAGAUUGAAGGAUGAGCUGAAGAAGAUGACCAAAGAUAUGAAAGUGAGAGAAGAAGAAAUGAAGCGAUCAUUCAGUGAUCAAAUCGAGAAACUUUUGGAGGAAACCACCAGGGAAGAGGGCGAUGAAUUUGCAAAGAAAGAGGAAGAACUGCGAAGAAAUCACAUCCUUGACCAUGACGACAAAGUCCACGAAUUACUGGCAGAGAUACAACAAUUACAAGCAGAACGUGACGAAGAAGUACGAAUGUUGAGAGCUGAACUUAAUGAUGAACAUCAGAUGAGGAUAGAAUUGACUUCGAUAGUACAAAGCACCAAAACAGACCUGGAUUUGGCGCGAAACGCGGCUGCUCUCAAACAUAGUGAAUCUAUCGCGUUGCGAAGUGAACUGAAUCGCUGCCUCAAAGAAGAUAUGGAAAAAGAGAUCGAUUGGAUGACGAAGGAGGACAAUUUUCGAAAGACUCUACUCUUGCGAACAACCUCAUUCGAACAGAAAGCAAAUGAUUUUCAGCGUGCCAUGGCAGAAAAGGACGAGCUCAUUGCAGGUUUGCGUCUUGAUGUGGAAAGAUUACAAGCAUCGCUUAAAGAAUCACGAAGACAACAAGCGGAAAACGACAAGAAGAGUCCACCGUUACCAAAAGAAGAAAAAGACGACUCUAGCCAAGCUGUCAUCGAACAACUAAAAAGGGAGCGAAACAAUUUGGAAGUCACCGUUGCCGAGUUGAAGAAACAACUCGAGAGCUCACCAGAGACAGCAAAGGAGGUGAAACGGUUGAAGGAGCUUCUUGAAGACAAAACCGACAAGCUGGCGACUAUGCAGCGAAGCUACCGACAGCUCAUGCGGAAAGUUGAACACUCCCUUGUGCAUUUGGAAAAACAACAUUUGAAAACAAGGAGGAAAUUGGAAGAGAAUAUCUUGUCCUGAAUCACUGAUUUGCAGAUAAAUAUGUUUCAC